UCCUUUAGCUGGCUCGCACACGUAGAGCGGCGUCGGCGCUGGCGGAAGAGGAGGAGAGGUGGGUGCAAAGCUGUACGUAUGCACUGCCUACCUGAUGCCUCGAGAACUCGAGUUAGAGCUCGAGUCAGUCACGUGGUCUGUUGAACACGAAGGAUGUUGUGGGAUCGCGAAGUCAGUUAGCGGCAGUCCGUUGAACGGGCAACCGAGAGAAACGGAACGGAGCUGGCACGCUAGCCUGGUGGACCAUUGGUCAAAGGGAAGGGGAAAACACGAUGGAGGAAAGAGGAACGAGGUCUCGGAGGACAGAGAAUAGAGAAUAGAGACGAUAACGGAUCGAGGAUACUCCGACCUGCAAGCAACAUUUCGUGUUCGUUACAAUUGUCGAAGAAUAAACGGUGUAAACUAUGUGAAAAUUGUUGUUGUGAACGGGCAACGGACGGAGUAGCUGUUCGAAGUACUCGAAACAACGACUAGAGUGCUAAUUUGACUCAUUGCCUUGGCGCUUCUACGGUGUUACGUACCGUGGCGAGACGUACAAUAGCCGUGGAAAUAUCCGUGGAAAAUAUCCGCGCGAAAAGCGAACAUAGGAGAAAGUAGGCUGUAAAGAGAAGUAAGGUUGAAAUUCCUGUGGAAAUAAAAAUAAAGGGAAGGAAUGUAUCUGGUCGGUGAAUCGGCGCGGCGCACCUGACUGUUGGUAACGCGUGUUCGGCUUGGUUCGCCUCGGAGUUCCGUUUCGCACGAACAAAGCUCCGUUUCGUGGCAAACGCGUUGGGUCACGCUCACGCUCUACCGUGAAAAUCGUAUCGUCGCAUCGGCAAGGGCCACAUUGCGUCUGCUAACGAUGCACGCAUCUACGCCGUGACUCAACACGCGACGAUUCAUCGUUACGCGUUCACGUAACCUCCUGCUGCUGUUUGCUCGGAUGGAACUAUCGGGGAACCAAAGAUAAUCAUUGUCGUUAUCUCGAACGACCUCGAUUCGAUUCGAUACGAUUCGUCUGCCGAUUAGAUCGAACGAACAUGUUCGUAGCGCGAAAGGAAUUCGCGUAGAGGUGCAAUCGUUGAAGAGUAGCGAUCGUAAAAAGAUAAAUAUGCAAUUGGCAGCGACGCAGAGAGCACACCCGCCACCGGUACCGCCACGACCGAGUAGGCAGGUGGUCGCAGAGGCCCUCAAAAGAUCGCCAAGGCCGCCCUGUCCGACCAGGCAGGCACCGCCGCCGCCCAACGCCAAACCUUGGAGGUCCGAUCGAGAACAAUCGGUCAACAAUAAGCAGCAACAGGUGUGCCCGACCGCUGGACGUACGGUCGUCUACGAGUCGAUUAAGGAAUCGUCAGGUUCGAAGGAAACCAGCGACGAGAACAACGAUCACUCGGCUAGAAUCGUGAUCGAGAAGGAAGCUGAUCGGCGGGCCAGCGCGAGUGAAAGGUGCGACGAGGAGGAGAAUCGUCGUGGAAGAAAUCCACCGCGGGAAAGGCGGCACCGAGCCGUCCUCGAGCAACAACAUCGUGAAAAUCCUACCGAACCACCAUCCGAACGAUCCGUCGAUCGUCCCAGUUCUAAUCUCCGAGAGAAUUCUUCCUCCAGCGAUUCCACGUUCAAAGAUAGACUCGACCAAGAUGAAUCGGAGCGCACGAAACAGUGUAAAGAAACGACCCUGUCCUCCAACGCGAGAAACGAGAAAGAAGAGCCGUCUAGGAAAACUCCUGCCAAAUCGAACGUGUCCUUUGACGACGAACGUCUCUCUCCGUCCAUCAGUCCAGAGUCCAGCGGGGAAAAAUCGAAAUUAAAUCAAGAAAAUAAAUUCGAAAGUCGACCCGCGCCCACUCAAAGGUCCUGUCUCGCUAAGUAUAGAGAUUCCGCGGCGAAGAAGAAUUUGGACUCGCGGACAAACGCGGAAAACGUUGAUCAGGAUCGUUCCAUGGUGGUCGUUGUCAACGAAUCAGACCGUAAAGCUGAAUCGAACGAUCUCGACGGCGAUGGCGGCCUAGACGAUGACGACGACGGCGACGAUGACGACGAGGAAGAGUACGAGGAGGAGGAUCGCGACGGUGAAAAUAUUCAUCGACAAGACUGGCUGGAAGCCGGUGUUCCCUAUUCGUCCACGCAGAUCAGGCUGUCGGGCGACGACGCCGACAGAGUCAACGGACUUGAUCGCUGCGAGAACGAGAAAGUCGGUGAUCUUAAUAUCCUCAGUAUACAAGAGAGGAUCGCGAUGUCUUCCUUGCAAGGUCUACCGCCAUUACCGAGGAGCCUGAGCGGAUUUAAUUUGACCGGUGGACGAGGCGAGGGUUGCGAACCACCGCCACCGCCCACUAGAUCCUCUAGUAAAACGCAAAGAGGCGGUAAAGCUUCGAUUCAGUCGUCGUCCAGGCCAUCACCACCUGCCAGACAGCUCACCACCUUGGAUACUCAACUGGCUAUACUCAGGAGAGAAAUGUUUGGACUUCGACAACUGGAUCUUUCUUUGCUCUCGCAACUAUGGUCCCUGAACGAAUCUAUUCAAGAAUUUCGGCAACUAUUGCAAGAGCAAGAAGACAGAGCACCGUCUCCUUCGCCAAGCAGCGAAGAAGGAGACGACACUUCCUACGGAAGCCAUCCUCCGCCACCACCGAGAAGACCGGCUCCCGGUGUACACCUUCACAGACCGCCUAGGCCACCGAGACCACCUAGACCGCCUCCCAGCGACGAGUCACCUUCGAGCGAAGAAUAUGGAGCCGUUUGACGCUGCGCUCGAGCAAACUGUUCGCAUUCCAGAACGUCCCCGUUGCUACGUUUCUAAACCAUCGUUCUUUAAACUCCAUUGCGCGUUACAGAGAUCUAUCAGAGCUCUCGUCGAAGAUUGCUUUUAGGUAAAAUUGAAGAAAAUCGAUCGUUUCUGUAGAAAUCAAAUGUAGCUUUUGGAAUGCGAUGUAACGUAUCGUUACGAAGAACUUGUUGGUGUUCGAAGGUACCUGGAACAUUUCCUUACGGAAACAUCGCAGAUUCCGUUGUUCAAAAUACGCGUUUUCUGAUUGCAGUUAAUCAUACGACGUGAAUUCUAUAGAUAUUAGAUAUUUAAAAAAAAAAAAAAAA